AGAAUCACGAGCAUUGGUGCCUCGGCAACCCUUACGAGUUUAGACCUAAAAGCACUGAGAAAGAUUCUUCUAUUGACAUGUUCAUGGUUUCAGCCUUGAUCCACCGUCAAUAUGAUAUCCUCGUGGGCGACUGUCGUGGCCAACUAUGACCCUCAUGUCAUUGACGUGGUCGGCACUCAGCUCGUCCAACUCGUCUUUUGGUGGCUGCCUUGCACCUUGUUUGUACUCCUCGAUAUCAUAGCCCCGAGCUUCUCCGCAAGGCACAAGAUCCAGCCGGCGCCCAAACAGCCAAGCAACGCAGAUAUCAAGCACGCUGCCAAGGUCUCCGUUCAAAACCAGGGGAUUGUCCUUGCUCUUCAAUUAUCCCUGGCCGCCUUGGCUGUGCUGGCGAAUCGACCACCGGCACUUCAGGUCACUGCUAGCUUUCCGAGCUUGAGAGACUUCAGCCAGGACUUCCUCAUCUGCCUCCUGGCUCGUGAGGCCCUGUUCUACUACUCCCACCGGAUCCUGCACACCCGGUCUUUGUAUGCGGCCAUUCACAAGUUCCACCACCGAUUCACAGCACCGGUGUCGUUUGCUUCGCAGUAUGCCCAUCCUGUCGAGCAUAUCAUGGCCAAUACACUGCCGAUUGCACUUCCACCAUUGCUAUUGCACACACACAUCCUCACAAUGUGGGCAUUCCUCGCUUGGCAGCUUGUAGAGACGGCCACUGUGCACAGCGGCUUCGACUUCUUACAUGGCGCGGCGCGGAAACAUGACCGACAUCACGAGAGGUUCAACGUCUACUUCGGCGGACUUGGUCUGCUAGAUUGGAUCCAUGGCACAGACGAAAAGAGAGGCAGCAAGAUCGAAUAACACGGGGGUAUAUUGCUUUGUGUACUACCUGAAGCAAAUCAUAACGCUCUCAUUUCCCAUUUCCAUUCUCACUUCAUCGUUACAAGCGCUGCUCGAGUGUUCGGCCC